AAAAGGAAAAAUCCUAUGAGGAGAGUUGGCAGUGUCAGUUGCUAGCUCAAAUGGGUAUAAUUAUAACAAAAAUAUGCCAUUGAAAACACUAAAACAAACUUACAGAAAUAACCCCAAAGUGAUUUAAAUGGUUAAAAAAAUAGUCCCACAUAGGAGAAAGGAAGCAAAGUUUUGGAGUUUGAAGGUAGGGAAGGGGGCUGUUGUGCAAUAUUUUAACAGCGGCAGUGGCGGUGGUUAAUGAUCAAAGAGCUCUCUUUUUGAUGCAAGCGUGGGUAUAAAUGCAGGACCUUUGCCGAUGCUCUUCUCUUUCACUCUCCCCUCUUCAAAAUAGACAAAUACCCAUUUCGUUUUUCUCACUCUUGAAUAAUAAAACUCUCUAUUACUUUUUCUUCUCUGUUUUUUUGACUGUUUUGUAGCAGAGUUGCCCCGUUGCUGAGGAAACCAAAAAAAAAAAAAACUAGUAGCUCAAAUUCAAUUAAAGCUUUAAAUUUUGUGUGUGCGUGGGAGUGUUGAGAAAAGAAAAAGGGCCUUGAAUGAGAGAGCAGAGAGAGUACAGAAAAGUAAGCACAGAAUCUGAAAAUGGGUGUUCAAACAUAAUUGUGGAGAAAAGCACAGACUGAGAUACAAUCGCUAUUCUUGUUGAAUAGGGAUGGAUAUAGGUGAAAAGGAUAAAUAUGAGCUCGAAAAGAGGAAUGGGAAUCACAUAAACUACCAGGCACCUGGUAUGUCAUCUGAUUGGCAGUUUGGUGGUGCCAAUCUCACAAGUACUCCGAUGAGUUUAGUUUCUAGUGAUAAUCCCAUGGCUAUUGGUUCUUCAUGUGCCUCUGCUUCAGUGGUAGACUCUUUCGGUACGAGCCUUUGGGAGCACGCAUCUAAUUCACAAAACUUGGGAUUUUGUGACAUUAAUGCACAAAAUGGUGCAAGCUCUUCAAAUGGAAUGGCAAUUGGAAAAGGUGGUAACUCUCUGAGAAGUACCAUAGAUAGACCAUUUGAUAUGGGUUGGAAUACAGCAAGUUCAAUGCUGAGAGGUGGUAUUUUCUUACCGAAUGCGACUGGGAUUCUACCACAGAGCCUAUCUCAGUUGCCAGCUGAUUCAGCUUUCAUUGAGCGUGCUGCCAGGUUCUCGAGCUUUAAUGGGGGAAGUUUUUGUGACAUGGUGAACCCUUUUGGUAUUCCUGAAUCUAUGGGUCUGUAUACUAGGGGUGUUGGCCUGAUGCAAGGACCACAAGAUAUUUUUGCAAUAAGUGGGAUGAAAACAGUAUCUGUUGUGGAAUCUGAGAAAAGUAAGUUGAAUUCCACUGAAGCUUCCAAAGAUGUUUCUUUGCAAAUUGAAAAUAGGGCUACUCAAGAAAGUCCACUCAAGAAUGAAAAGAAAAGUGAAAGUCUUGUUCGAUCUAAUGAAGAAGCAAAACAAGGAAAUGGUGGCUCUGGUAACGAGUCUGAUGAGGCUGAGUUUAGUGGUGGUAUUGGUGGUCAAGAUGAACCAUCUGCAUUGGAUGGUCUAAGUUUGGAACCUUCUGCUAAGGGUCUUAGUUCAAAGAAAAGAAAAAGGAGUGUACAGGAUGCUGAGGUUGAUCAAGCAAAGGGAGGCCAACCACCUGUUGAGGCUGCAAAGGAUAAUGCUGAAAAUCAAAAGAAGGGAGACCAGAACCAAACUACAACAAUCAAUAAGACUGCGGGGAAACAGGGGAAACAAGGGUCUCAAGCUUCUGAUCCACCAAAAGAAGAUUACAUUCAUGUUAGAGCCCGAAGAGGCCAGGCAACAAAUAGCCAUAGUCUUGCAGAAAGGGUAAGAAGAGAAAAGAUUAGUGAAAGGAUGAAAUUUCUUCAGGACCUUGUACCUGGUUGCAGCAAGGUUACAGGCAAGGCAGUGAUGCUAGAUGAAAUCAUUAACUAUGUACAGUCACUUCAGCGGCAGGUUGAGUUUCUAUCAAUGAAACUUGCUACAGUGAACCCAAGGCUGAAUUUUAAUAUAGAAGGGCUCCUGGCAAAAGAUAUUAUUCAAUCACGAGCUGGUCCUUCGUCUCUGGGGUUUUCUCCAGAUAUGUCCGUGGGUUAUCCUUCAUUGCAUCCAUCUCAACCUGGACUUGUUCAAGCUGCUCUGCCUGUCAUGGGAAAUACCUCUGAUGUAAUCCGUAGAACUCUCAGUUCCCAGUUCACACCCAUGAAUGGAGGAUACAAGGAGCCUAAUCAGCUAUCAAAUGCAUGGGAGGAUGACCUCCACAAUGUUGUCCAGAUGAAUUACGGAACUGGUGCUCCUUCUGACAGCCAAGAUGUGAAUGGGUCUCUACCAUCAGGUCACUUGAAAGUAGAACUUUGAUCCUCCUCUUACAGCUCUAUUCCAGGCAGCUCCAUUAUGGCCUACUACCUGCUAUACUUAUCCUGCAUUCUUGAAGGUAGCCAAGGGCAUGCAGAAUCAGUAUUUGAAAGAUUUAAGUGUAAACAUAUAGUGUCAGCAUAUUCCUACCAGUUUCUUAUUGGAUAAUUGAAGGUGCUAUCGGCCUGGUUUUAUAGCUGGGAAUAUCUCACAUUUUGCCAAAACAAAGGCUUGCUUGAAGGCUCAUGGUUCCUUAACUGUGGUGGGACAGGAAUUUCCAUUUCUUUCGUUUGAGCAUUAGAUAUAUAGAGGGAAAUGAAACUCCUUUGAUGGUGGGAAUCGUAUUACUGUCCCAGUCAGAGGAAAGCUGGAUUAGAAUGUAUAGAUUGAUGAUGGAAAGUUUUUGUGAUAUAUAGGAGUUUUAUCUAGUAGUAUUAGAUGGUCUCUGUAAUUUUACAGAUGGCAGUGGGAAGUAUUUUGUUCAGUUCAGAGAUGUAAGUUGUAUUUGUUUAUUAUGUAUUGAGGGCUAUAAUGUUCUUCAA